AUGUCUAGUUCUCGUCCUACUCAGGCGGCGCCUUGGCGCUCUGCCUUCCUGACUCACGUCAACGAGUUGGAUUCACCGACGUUCAUGCUCAGCACCCUUCACCAUGACUCGUCAACCACCGUUACUCCUCGGUCUCGAACUGUUGUGUUUCGGGGCUUGUGGGCAGAGCUCCCGGCCAACCCCAAGAACAAGGCGCCGCUAAACCCGUCUGUGUACGAGAGCGACCUCCUCACCAUCACUACCGAUGCCCGCAUGGAAAAGAUCCCCGAGCUAUCCCCGGAUGGAUCCUCUCCCGCCCAGUCCGGCGGCGGCGGACCGGUAGAGGCCGUCUUCUGGGCCGUGCCGUCGAGGACCCAGUGGCGCCUCCGGGGCAGAGCUUAUCUGCUUGGUCCGGAUAUCAACGACCCCUCAGGAGCACAGGUCAGGGAGGUAUUGGAGAAACAUAUGCGUCGCAAAAACAGUGACGAUUCCAGCUCGUGGGAUUGGGCAAAGGAGGUGACGGCUCACUUUGGUAACAUGAGUCCCAUGAUGCGAGGAUCAUUCCGAAACCCGGCGCCAGGAACACCAAAGACUGAGAAGCCAGGGCCAGGACUGGGCUUGGGGCAGAAAGUAGAAGAUCUAGAUGAUGAGAUUGCGAGGAAGAACUUUCGUGUAGUUGUCAUCGUGCCAGAGGAGGUGGACCGGGUCGACUUGUCAGACCCAGAGGAGGGCAAAAGAUGGAACUAUCGCUUGGCUGGAGACUCGUGGGAGGAAACAGAGCUCUGGCCUUAA